AUGGCUUCCAAAAGCAAUUCAUUACGAGAUCGUCAAAUAGCGUCACUCAAGAAAAUCCUCAACCUUAACGAAACGGUCGAAUCAAACGAGGCAACUGAACAUGCCAGCGCCCUUCAUGCGCCUGUUGCUCCCAUACUCGACGCUGAUGGUAAUCCUAUAUGGAAGGUGCUUGUCUUUGAUGAUCUCGGCCGAGAUGUCAUUAGUAGUGUCAUGCGUGUGAGCGAUUUGCGGUCUAUGGGCAUUACCAUGCACAUGCACAUUGGAGCUUCACGACACCCCAUUCCCGAUGUCCCCGUUAUCUAUCUCGUCGAACCGAACUCCCAGAAUAUUCAAGGCAUUACAAGUGAUCUCCAAAAGGGACUCUACUCCCCCGCUUACAUCAAUUUCCUAUCCUCACUGCCUCGAGUGUUGCUGGAGGAUUUCGCAACGCAAACAGCAACGGCCGGCACAUCCGAAAAGAUUGCCCAGUUGUUUGAUCAGUAUCUUAACUUCAUAGUCGCGGAGCCUGACCUCUUCAGUCUUGGUAUGCAAAACGCACACACGUACUGGGCCUUGAACAGCGCAAAGACGAGCGAUGAGGAGCUCGAGGCCGUGGUGGACAAGGUCGUGAGCGGACUUUUCAGCGUUGUUGUGACUAUGGGUGCUAUUCCCAUCAUCCGAUCUCCCAAGGGUGCAGCUGCUGAAAUGGUAGCUGCUCGCCUCGAUCGCAAGCUUCGAGAUCAUAUUCUUAAUUCAAAAGAUAACCUAUUCUCCAGCACUAGACCAGCCGUGGCGGGUACACCAAGCUCGCGACCGGUCUUGAUUUUGCUUGAUCGAAACGUUGACUUGACCCCUAUGCUGUCACAUUCAUGGACUUAUCAAUCUCUCGUCCACGACGUGCUCAAUAUGAAAUUAAACAGAAUAACCAUCGAAGCACCUGUAGACGAGAGCAAUCCCUCCAAAGGAACCACAAAGAAGGGGUACGAUUUAGGCGCCAAUGACUUUUUCUGGGCCAAGAACGCCGGAGUCCCAUUCCCUCAGGUUGCAGAAGACAUUGACGCCGAAUUGACCAAAUAUAAAGAAGACACCGCAGCUAUCACCAGAAAGACUGGGGUUUCGGAUUUGGAGGAUCUCCAAAACGAUACUAGUGCAAGCGCCCAACACCUCAAGGCUGCAAUAACGCUGCUUCCUGAGAUGAGAGAGCGAAAAGGCAUUCUGGACAUGCACAUGAACAUUUUAGCCGCGUUGUUAUCUGGCAUCAAAGAACGACAGUUGGACAAUUAUUUCCAGCUUGAAGAAACGAUAAUGAAACAAACCAAAGCUCAAAUACUGGAAAUCAUCAACGACGACAACAAAGGCAAAGAGCCUGCCGAUAAGCUCCGACUGUUCAUCAUUUGGUUCUUAAGCACGGAACAAGAGGUUAGUCGGGCAGACUUUCAAAGCCUUUGUAAGGCUCUUGAAACGGCUGGGGCAGACAUAUCUUGUCUCCCCUAUGUUCGACAGGUUCGUGCAACCACUAAGAUGACCCAACUAACGACGAUAGACAACUCCAACCAACAAGCACCGUCGUCUGAUCUGUUUGGCCGUUUCUCUUCUAUUUCUACCCGCCUUGCGGACAGACUCAAGGAAACUGGAGUUCCUUCCGGGUUGUCCUCCAAUUUUGAGUCGCUAAUAUCAGGCGUCAAGAACUUCCUGCCAGCCGACCGAGAUCUCACAGUGACCAAGAUUGUCGAAUCUAUCAUGGACCCAUCCAGCGCAUCAUCAUCUGCUAUGGCAAAGACGGAAAACUACUUGUACUUUGAUCCCCGCUCAGCCAAUGCUCGUGGGACUAUGCCACCGCCGAGCGCAGUGCGUUCAGGUGCUGCAGCCAACGCGCCGGGUGGCAUGCCCGGUGCAGGAGGUCAAGGGCAAUCGGCAACAUUUGGUCAGCGAAGGCAAGGUUUCACAGAGGCGGUGGUAUUCACCGUAGGAGGUGGCAGCAUUGACGAGUACGGCAAUUUGCAGGAAUGGGUAACGCGAACCAAGGACCGGGGCAAGAAGCGGGUUGUGUAUGGCAGCACGGAAUUGCUGAAUGCCGCUGCAUUUAUCAAGGAUGAGUUGGAGAGGCUGGGCCAUGAAGUUGCAUCAUAA